GACGAAGACGAGUGGAAAGAAUUUGAACAAAAAGAGGUUGAUUACAGUGGCCUCAGAGUUCAGGCAAUGCAAAUAAGUGAAAAGGAAGAAGAUGACAGUGAGAAGAGAGAAGAUCCAAGUGACAGCUGGGAAGAAGGUGGAGGUGGUGGCGGUGGUGGUGGUGUGGAAAAGUCUUCAGGCCCCUGGAAUAAAACAGCUCCGGUACAAGCACCUCCUGCUCCAGUAAUUGUUGCAGAAACCCCAGAACCGGCCAUGACUAGUGGUGUGUAUAGGCCUCCUGGGGCCCGAUUAACCACAACCAGGAAAACACCACAAGGACCGCCAGAGAUAUACAGUGACACACAGUUCCCGUCGCUGCAGUCCACUGCCAAGCAUGUAGAUAGCCGGAGGGAUAAAGAAAUGGAGAAGAGCUUUGAAGUAGUAAGACACAAAAAUAGAGGUAGGGAUGAGGUUUCAAAAAACCAGGCCCUUAAACUUCAGCUAGACAACCAGUAUGCUGUGCUUGAAAAUCAGAAAAGCAGCCACACACAGUACCAUUAAGGAAUGGUCUUUGCUAACCCUCUAAGGUAACUAGACCACAGCUAACCACCCCGAACAGCCAUUCGUCAUCUGGAGCUACAGCAGCCGAUGCAGACCACGCGAUGCCCAGGACCGGCCCUGUUGCACUACGGAGGUUUAAAGUGUCACAAUGCUCUCUCUGUGUAUUGGACUUAGGGGGAUUUUCAUUGUCAUACCUGUGUGAACCAGAUUCAGCAGUGUUCUUAAUUACUCUGCAAGUACAAAAAAACAAAACCUGCAGCUGGUCAUUUCAAAAUCUUUUUAUGUUCAGAUACUGAGCCUUCGUAAGGGUUGACUACCUCAGAUUUGCUGCAUUCAUUGUGGACUUCAUGUGGAUCACAACUUCUGGAUAAGAAGGUUACAGCAAUUAAGUGUCAGCGUGAACCUUGAAACCAGCUCUCCUGGAUUCCUGUCAGAAAUCCUGCAGAAAGUCAGCCGUCUGGGUUCUGAUCUGCUGUAAAAGAUGAAGAUUUAAGUGACCUUAACUAACCUGUCCUGUGCCCCACCCGUACAGAGUCCUCUGUAGUAGGCUGUGGCUGUCUAGACUUCCUGAAACAUGCCGCACUCAAAGAACUGACCUGUUCAGAUCAUCUGUGUAGCGCUGUGAUUUAUAAUUUAAACUUUUAGUUGUAUUCCGAAGUAACUGCAAAUUAAAUUCAACCAAUCUUGGGUCUAUGUGUGGAUAAACGGGGUGGGGAAAAGAACAAUUUUAUUUCUUUUAGUACUUUUUUAUUCAGGUAGUGCUUUUCUGUGUUCCACAUUAAGGCCUUUUUUGCUUUGACUGGGAAUAAGUUCUCAGAGCACAUUGCUUGGUUAAGUGAGUAACCUGAAAUAUGCGUUAGAAUUGUGAAAUGUCUCCUGAACUUGCCAAUCCCUGGAGUGGAACCAAAUGGCCUUUGAUACAAAGGGCAGUGAAUGCUGGAGGCUCUAUCUGAGGUGCUGCUAAAGCCUCCUCUAAUCAGGUCUAAAUCGUGUAGUCAGCUGCUGUGGAAAGAGUAUGAAUUCUGCUCAAAUGAAGAGCCACUGACCUGUCCUUAGAAAUUCAAAGCAGUGUGAGCAAAAUCUCAGCUAAAAUCCAUUCACGUUUCAUGGAUCUUGCACGAUCUUUAUUAAGAAUUCAUUAUGUACUCGUGCCCAAAUUUUUAUGGUGUUCGACAUUCUUUAGGUGCAGUGAUUGUCUCGGCCCGCUCUGUUGCCAGCCUUUUGGUGUGCUUGAUGUGCAUUUGAGAGCCAGGCGAGAGAGAGGUGAUGAAGCACUUCUGUUUUUAAUUACAGCCUGAACUAUCCAGUAGUUUUUAGUCUUUAAAAGGAACUUGAGGAAGCUACCCAGGAUUGCUGAAAAGUCUCUUUCCACCUAUUGAGAUAGUCUGGCAAUUUCCUAGUUUUAUAUCUUUAGUUCAAUAGAAAUACUUCAAAGUAAUAUGUGACCAUUUGAUGUAGAGUCUGGGUUUCUCUCUAAUAAAAAUCCCUUUGCCAAAUGUGGGAGUUGCAGACUUGAUACUAGCCAGAGUGAAGCAAACGGCUGAGUAAAACUCUCCUGCUGUGGGAACAUUGUCCUGUAGGAGUGUAGUCUUGAUGAAAGUGUCAAGGCCGGAAUUGGACUCCUAGGAGGGUGUCAUUGUCUCCUGGCAGGACCUGCCAGUCACUUCUGGGCAGUAAUAUUGACAUUAUUUGAGGUGGCAGGCAGGAUGCUGUCCUCAUGUACUGGGUGAGUAGCUGAGCAGCCAAGGGGAGGUUGAGUAACUGAAUGAGAAACAAGGGAUUCUUGGUUAAACUGAAAACAUUCAUUUGGGAACCAAAAACUUGAACAAAUGAUCUCUUGGACCUUGAGCCACAUAUUUUCCCUGAAAGUAUGCGUUAUUUUUCCAGUAAAACUAGUUGGGGGUUAUAAGGAAUGAACUAAGAAGAAUAUGCAGAGGUGUUAUGUAAUGGCAUACUAUACUAGAAAUUUGAAGGCCUACAGCAGACUUCAAUUCCAUCUCUUGUUACAACUUUUUAAAACAUUGUGAAAUGAUCAAAAUGCACAUGAAUCAAGUUUUAAUACACUGUGUGAUGGGUGGAUGAGGCUGUCCAUUGUACCAUUUUUUCCUUUGGAUUCUCAGGCAUGGUUUGGCAGUGCAAGAACUCUGUAACAUUAACAAAUUCAAUAAAAAGUAAGUAUAUGGA